GAAAGAAAAAAACCAUUCGCGGGAGUUUCUCAAUGGACGUCCCCUCCACUUCGUCUUCUUCCCACUGCAACUCCAACGAUUCCCUUCCUCUCUACACCAAUCCUUACAUCAAUCGUCUCACAAAACUACGUAAGAACAAGCCUAUGAUAGCCUCACACGAAACAACGUCGUCUCAUACAUCACCCAAAAUCAAGCGGUUGGCAUGCAAACGAAAAGUCGUUAGAGUCCCCAUUCGCCGUAAAAGGACCGAUUUAGCUUCCAUCGGAUUCCAUCUCGGAAUGUCAUUUGCCGCUGUUAUGGCUGAGAUUUGCAAUGCAGCUAUCAAAGAAUCUCUUGCCAAUGUUUUUGGAGACGGGCUAGAUGAUUUGGCUAGGAACUUUGGACAAUCUUUUGCUUGUACGUUGAGUACUCUCGGAUCAAUUUAUGAGUCAUCUAUGGGCGACGAAGAAAAUAGUUUGAAUACUAUGAAGAUGGAAUUUCCAACUUGUAAAUUGACUCGUGACAAAGGUGAUUGCUCGAAUGAUUCUGUCGUUGGUGAUGAUAAAACAGAGGGAGUGUUGACUGGGGAAAUCAAAGAUCAAACGAAUAACUGCAAAGAGGUUGAGGAGAGCUUUCAAAUGGAUUCAAUCCGUCAUCAUGGCAUUACUUUGCACAGGCAAUCAAACCAGUUGGCUUGUUUUCCUACAAUCUCUUAUGGAUCUGGAAUUAGUAACAACUCUAUGGUUAGUGCUGCUGAGAAAUCUGUUAUGGAAGAAAGUCGAUCAAAUGACCUUAAGGCGUUGGAACUUGCCCUUACAAUGAAAAAACUGAAAUUGAAAGAGACGCAGUUGACUCUCAACUCUGAUUUGAAUCAACUAGAGAGAUCAAAGUUGACCAUGGGAAUGUCAAAGGCAUCCUUUAGAGUUGAAAAGUUUAAGAAUCAGUUAGAAGAUUUGAGACACGGUGAACUGAUUAAGACCUGCGUAGACUGUCUUAUUGCUGGUCUUCUUGUCAUGUCCUCCUCACUUAUGUAUGGUGCUUACGUUUAUUCCUAUGAACGAAUCACUGAAUCUACUGCAUCAUGCACUCGUUCAAAUAAGGAAUCCAAGUCGUGGUGGACUCCGAAAUCAAUGUUCACUUUCAAUUCAAAGUUACACGUUUUAUGGUGUCAAGUUCAAGUUAUGAGCCGAAUGGCAUUUGGCGUCUUAAUGAUUUUUGCAAUUGCAUAUUUGCUAAUCAUGAGAUCAACAACCGUAUCAGAGACAAUGCCAGUUACUUUCAUUCUUUUACUAUUAGGAGUUGCUUGUGGCUACUUUGGCAAAGUUUGUAUAGAUACUUUGGGAGGGAGUGGUUCUCAGUGGCUCUUAUAUUGGGAGAUUCUGUGCAUACUGCACUUCUUAUCAAUUGUAUUCACUCCCACUUUGUUCAAGAUCCUUCAUGGACCGGUCACUGCAUCAGAAAAAACGAAGCAGAAUAUAAUUCUUCCAUAUUGGUUUCGCCGAUUUUGGUUCUACGCAACUUUGCUUGUGUUUCUACCAUUAUUUUGUGGUCUUACGCCCUUUGCGAGUGUUAGUCAAUGGAAAGACCAUUUUUUGUUGAAGGUGUCAAUAUUUGACAAAUUGGAAUGAAAGGCUGUUGUUUGGUCUUGGAAAACCUUUCUUUGCAUAUGCUGCUCUUACUUUGAACUACUUUGCAUGUGAUGAGUUAAGGCAUUAAUGAAGCAAAAAUCAUAUGAAUUGUAUUCAGUUCCCAUUUAGUUUAGUUUUAUAGAUGGCCUAUUUUGAAAAUCAGACAGCAUCAAGUGAUCUUUAACUGAUUAAUUGGAUA